AUGAUUCAAUGCAAAUGGCUUUUAUUUUUAAUAGCUCCUGUUGUGAUUACUAGUAUUUUAACUUUAUUAUACAUUUUUAUAAAACGUAACAAUGGUAAUGGAUAUUGUCUAUCGAAAUUGUCUGCCUUUACACGUAUACGUUUUGAUAGUCUUGAAGAAAAACGGCAAACAUAUUGUCCAGCUAAUAAUAAAUGUCAAUGCCAUCCAAAAGGUUCUGCUACACAUAUUGAACCGAAUUUAUUAUGUAAACAUCGUUCACCAACAUUGUGUAUAAGUUUUGCUGGUGCUGCAAUGAUGGUUUAUGGUGUACGAACAACAGAAUGGCGUGGUUCAAUGAAAGAAGUACAUCAUGAUACAAACGAUGAAUUUGAUGCAUUAUUUUUUACAGAUCCAGCACAAUGUUUUUAUUUACAAGAUCCAAAUUAUCAAUGGCAAGGUUUAACAUAUUAUCGCGAUUUAAUAAAAUUAUAUUCUACACUUUAUCAACGUAUUAUUUUAAUUGGUGCUAGUCUUGGUGGAAGUAUGGUAUGUAUGUGUGCAGAUUUAGCAACAUUAUCAAUUGCAUUUAAUCCAAUAGUAGAUCCAGUUUUACUUGGUUUACCUUGGCGUUUCAUGGGUGCUUAUUGUCCAGUAAGACAAGCAGAAGUUGUUCGAAAUCAAGUACAUAACACCAUGGAAAAAAUAAAUACUAAUAAAACUAGUCAUAAUUGUGCACUUCAUAUACAUUGGAGUCAAUUAUCAAAAUCUGAUCAAAGACAAGCUCAUCAAAUUGUUGGUGGUGGUAAACAUAACAAACCUAAACAAACAGAAUGUUUAACAUCAGUUCUUGAUUUUGAUAUUAAUGAUGCAAACAUGAAUAGUAGAUCAGGUGUUCAUAUAUGGUUCCAUAAAUAUAAAGAACAUGCAUUAGCUUUGGCAUUAAAACGAACUCAUCAAUUAAUACCAUUGUUAAGACGUCAUACAGGAGCAACAUCAUUAGGUUUAAAUACAAUUAGUCAUAAAUUAGACGAAAAACAACCACAAGAUUCAGUUAUUAUCAAUAUGCCAUCAUAA